GGCGUUCUCGAUCGGGUUCGGGUAAUUGAUCGAGGCCGAGAAAUCCCCAGCUGGGUUUCGCUUGUUUCUCCGAGCUGGAUAAUGGGUCGAAGUGUUCUUGUUGUUCAGGAGAGAGAGCUUUCGGUUCUUGAGCAGCUUCUUUGAUUUUCUUUUUUGUUUAGUUUUUUUUUUCUUUUUUGCCUUUUUUUUUUUUGGGCCCCCUGAUUAUUACCGCGAGAAACAGAGAUGCAAGAAAAAGUUUAGCUCUAGGAUCUUUUGGAGGAGACAGAAAGAUGGAGGAUACAGAGCUCGAGGAGGGCGAGGCUUAUUCUUACCAUGACAACGAUCGUGGUUUUGAUGACGGCACGGACCCUGAUGUUUCUCUAUCUUACAUUGGGGAGAAACUUCAGCAUGUGCUUGGACACUUCCGUAAAGAUUUUGAAGGAGGGGUAUCAGCUGAGAACUUGGGGGCAAAAUUUGGUGGUUACGGUUCGUUUUUACCAGCUGACCGGCGGUCUCCUGUUUGGUCCCAUUCAAAAUCUCCACCAAGAGGUCAGAAUUAUGGUACACCACGGUCGACGUGUGCAUCGAAUGUGGAGGAUUUGCACCAUGAUUCUUCAGUUUCCUUGCCCACCACCCAUACGAAUAGAGAUCGAUCUGUUUCUGCUGUUACCAUAUCACACCCUUCAAGGAAGAAAACGAAUGUGGAAAAUUCAGUUAAGCAAGAUGGGUGCAUGCCACCUCUCCAGGCUGUAGAGUAUACUGACAGUAAGUCUGCCAAUUUGUCUGAUCAGAAAACGCUGAAGGUUAGAAUCAAAGAGGGUGCGGAUAACUUGUCGACACAGAAAAGGGCUGCGAUUUACAGUGGUCUUGGCCUUGAUGUCUCACCGACCUCAUCAUUGGAGGACAGCCCCUCUGAAAGUGAGGGAAUGAGUCAUGGACCCCAUGACACGUCAUUUGAGUCUCCCACCAGUAUUUUAAGGAUGAUGACUUCGUAUCCGGUGCAUGGAAAUUUGCUGCUGUCGCCACUUGCGGACGAUCUUGUUUUUUAACCAUUAAAGAGAAGCAUCUAUCUGAUCAUAGGACUGGGGCUGCUUUGAGUGCUGAUCCAGCAAGCUCUGGCAUGCGGGCAAAUGGAAUUAAUUGUCUGAAGGAUCGGAAAAAGGUGAUCGGCAAAAAGAAAUUGGAGUCAUUAAGAAAUACUGAGGAUUUGAAGGAGGCAAAAGGCGGUAAGGACUCUCGGAGCAGUGCUGAUACUGCACCGAAGAAGGAAUUGGACAUUGACAUGCUGGUAUGUGAGGAGCUAGUUUCGAAGACUUUGAAGCUUCCAAUCUUAUCUAACAUAGGCACUCCGGGUGACAUGGUGAAAAGCACAUGGGGGGAAUCUUAUGGUGCCCAUGAAGCCAGCACUGUAGCAUUGGACAAUAUCCUUUCCGAUCAAGCUGCAGAAGAAACUACAGAACCACCGUUUAGUCAAGAACUGGGUUCGCUUGACAAGCCCAAGGCCCGUGGUGCUGGGAAACUUGCUAGAGAUAAAAGAGGAACUGCCAUUGAUGAUAUUGCCGUUCACUCCAGGAAAGAAGGCAUUAGUGCAGAAGAAAAUUUUCGGGAAUCAAAACCUGACUUAUGUAUUCUGAGGGGAAAGAAUGGUUCAGCUGAACGAGUGGUUCAGACGGAUAGUCUUUGCGAAAUUACUGCUAAAAAAGGUUCUUAUAUGGACAAAGAUGGGUUGACUUUGCCUUCUGGAAAGGAUAAUCCACCUUCUAACGGGAAAGAAAAAGUGAAAGUUAAAAAUGAAGGUGCAGCAGUUGCUGAUGCAUCCAAAGAGAGCUUGAGUGGUUCAACUUCUGUGACCAAGAAUAACAAGAGCCAUAGUACAGGCAAUUCUAAGUCUAGAAGUGGUCGUGAGGACGCUAAAUUGGCCAAAAAACCCGGAAAAGGAAGGGAGAGAUACAAAGAAUUCUUUGGGGAUAUAGAUGGAGAAGAAGAAAGUCAAAAUCAGCUGAUGAAAAUGGUCCCUGAAGAAAGGCGGAAGGACUCUAGUGCGGUUGAGAAAGGCAUAUCAGAAUAUGACGUGAAAAAGGAGAGAUUAAGUAGCAAGAGAACUGACAUGGCGUCCACAUCAGAAGCAGAUUAUAAUACAGCUUCACAUUUAGGGUCUGGCUCCGGAAAUAACCUUACUGUUGAUGCGGCUCCUUCUACUGCAGCUCCUGUCCUAAUAGAAGAAAACUGGGUGGGUUGCGAUGAGUGCCGAAAAUGGCGGCUUCUACCAUUCGGAAAAAAUCCCCAUGACCUGCCUGAGAAGUGGGUCUGUAGCAUGCUUGAUUGGCUGUCUGGCAUGAACCGAUGUAGUGUAAGCGAGGAGGAAACUACAAGAGCAAUAUAUGAAAUGUUCCAUGUUCCCGUUCCUGAUGCUCAAAAAAGCGCACCUCUUACUUCUGACGUGAUGGGCAUGAACUUUGCUUCCUACCAGGAUUCGAAUAAGAAUUUGGGAAGUCGUAGUCCUCAAGCUCAUCUUGUAGCCAAUUGUUUCUUUGAGCUAAAGGUUUUAAUUAAUCCAAUAAAUAUGUAGAUGAUCUGGUGAUUA